UCACUCUGCAUCUGCGACACCUCAGGUUGCUGCUGGAAUGCCUCUGAGAAGACCAGGUGCUGAAGGGCAAGUCGAUAUCGGCAGCAUGUUAUCCAGUGUUCUCAACAGCCCGGUCUUUGGCAACCUGAUGUCAAAUGUAGCAGCUCAAACAGGAUUAGAAUCACCAUCUGAUGUGAGGAACAUAAUGGAAGACUUAACACAGAACUCUGCAGUGAUGGACACCUUGAGUAAUAUGGUCCAAAGUGUGGAUGGUCCACGAAGGGGCCAAGGAGGUGGCUUUGACUUGUCUAGAAUGAUGCAGCAAAUGAUGCCAGUUGUAAAUCAAGUUCUUGGUGGAGUCGCAGCUCGUCCUGCUGGAACAGAGGCUGUGGAUUCUAGAUUGCAACCUCGGCAAAAUGACAGGGAAGUUAGUGAUGCUGUAGAUGGCAGCAGCUCUCAGAUUGAUCUUCAUGAAGCAUGUGAACGCAUUGAGCAAUGUGACCCCCCUGAGGAUAUCUUCGGUGCUGUCCUUGAGACUGCUGCUCAGGCUUAUGGUGAAGACGAGAGCAUUCAAUUCAUGCUUGAAGAGCUUGCUAGUGAUCCGGAGCUUGCUGAUGACUACUUGAAACUUCUGCUGGAACAAGUCGGCGAGAGAGUGGAGUCUGAUUCCGAGAACAAGAAGCAGUCGUGAAGCAUGAGUUGGGAGGUGAUUGAAGAAGGGGGUGAUACA